AUGUAUCCACAGCAAUACCCUACUCCUGCAGCACCACCGCCUCCUCAAUACUCAAAUCAAAUGGGCUCGAAUUCAUUGCAAGAAACAAGCGAUGAUCGCAUGGGAAAAUUUCAAUAUCUUGUUGGCCGAUAUGAAAUUAAUCGAGAAUUUGCAACGAGAUUAAGAGGUUUAGAAGGCUAUGAAAUUGUAUUCAUUGUUGAUGAUUCUGGGUCGAUGAAUUCACCAGUUGGUAAUGCAUCGGGCCCAUACGAUCGUAAUCCAACGCGAUGGGAUGAACUUCGACAAACAGUUUCAAUUGUAGUUGACAUUGCUACGGUUUUUGACCCCAAUGGAAUUGACAUUUUCUUUUUAAAUCGUCAACCACUGUAUAGUGUUAAAAAUGCUGAGCAACUUGCCGUUGCGUUUGCUGUUCCACCAGCUGGACCAACUCCUAUUGCUCGUGUAUUGCGACAAGUUUUACAAGAGAAACGACUUGAAAUUCAAGAACGUAAAUUAUUAGUAUUAAUCGCUACGGAUGGUGUACCGACCAAUGAGAAUGGACAACAAGAUAUAAAAACAUUGGAACAUGUACUUCAUCAUGAACGCAAUCCAAUUAAUCGCAUCCCAGUCACAAUUUUAACCUGUACAGAUGAUGCUGAAAGCGUUGGUUAUCUUAAUAAUUGGGAUAAGAAAAUACCGAACCUUGACGUUGCCGAUGAUUAUAAAUCAGAACGAGAAGAAAUUCAGAAAGUUCAGGGAAAAAAUUUCCCAUUUAGUUUUGGUGAUUAUGUUGUGAAAAUACUUAUGGGGGCUAUUGAUAAUUGGUUCGAUACACUCGAUGAACGUCGUGUAAAUUCCAAUGCUCCACCAGUUCAACAGCGCACCAAAGGAAAAAAGACAAGCUCGUGCUCUAUUUUGUGA